AUGGGUCGUAAGAGAAAGUUUUCAGAAACCGAUUUCAUGGACAUGUUGUCCGACUCGGAGACGUCCGAUUCAAACGGCAAGCAACCGGUGGCCAGGAAUGCGGCCAAUGCUCGGGAAAGGGCGCGGAUGAGAGUGUUGAGCAAAGCGUUUACUCGUUUGAAAACAUCGUUGCCUUGGGUGCCGGCGGACACCAAACUGUCCAAAUUGGAUACAUUGAGAUUAGCGACCAGUUAUAUCAGUCAUUUGCGGCAAAUACUGGCCGAUGAACAGGCCAUGGCUAACACAGGCAUACAUCCGCUAAAUUUGUAUAAUUUUUGA